AGAUGAACUUCAAUCUUAUGAUUUGUUGAUUUUGAAUUAAAUUUUAUGUGUUGUUUUAUUUUUGCCAACAAAAGUUUUGAUAUUCAUUGGAUUAAAAUUUUGUUGUCAGUUCAGUUCCUUUCUUGCAAGCGAUCUUCGCAGACGUUCUCUCGCAACAAUAUUUGGUUCUUUGUUUUGUUGUUAUUGUUGCUGUGUUAUUCGAAACAUUCGUUAAGUUUAAAAAGCCAUAUGAUUUGGAAAACGUUUCCUAUUACAACAAAUAAUUGUACAUAUAUUAAAACUGAUGACAUUUUGUAUUUAGUUAAGAGUUGUUGCUGUUGAUCUUUUAAGUUAAUAAGGAAAGCACUUAUUAAAAGCUUUAACAUAUGUAUUCAAUUAAAAGAAAUACUUUAUUAAUUGUAAGUGAUUUGAUUUUAAACGGUCGGCGGUAAAACGUGUGACAAUUGUUGUUGAGAGUGUAAACAAAGUGACGCGCAAAAGUAAUUUACAUUAUUUUUCUUUUCGAUUUUAUUCUGUCUAAAAAUAAAAUUCUGUAAUUUUUUGUUUCGAUUUUUUGAAAACUUCUCUUGAAAGUGAACAAAAAGUAAAAAUUCCUUUGACUCAAGUUGAAUGCAAAGUGUAUUUUUAAGUUGUUGGCGCUUUUAUUCGUUGCAUUGGUAUCCUACGCACUUUCUGCGUUGAAGAUACAUAUCCAAGGUCCAGAAGUUAUCCCUGAGCCUCAAUUCAUUAUCAAACAAAACAACAAUGUUAUACUAGAAAUCCAACAGUCAUAGAUACAAUAUCUUUCUUUACAAAAAAUUAGCAAAGUUAAAAAAAAAUAAAACAGUGCCAUAUCGCAGAUUGGGUAAAAGCUUUAGGAACGUCCACCGCAACAAAUAAUAAAAACCUAUCUAACUAACAGAGAGGAAGUUCAUAGAAUUGUUCUUGAGAGAUCGCAAUUUCAAAAAACAAAAUAGAAAGACUCAACAUCAAUGUAACCGCCAAAUCGUGAUUUAGUUUUUUUUCUUUAUUUUUUGUUUUAAUUUCUAUUUAAUUUCAUUUUGUUCAUAGUUUUAAUUGUUACUUAAUUUUGUGCCAGUGUUUGUUUCAAUGUUUUUUUCUUUUGAUUAAAUUAUUAAAUUAAGAUUUGCUUUAAAUUUGCCAUCUUCAGUUCAUCACACAUAGAAUAUAAUUAUAAUUUAACUAACGCCGAGCCGCAUCUCGCUCGCGUUGUGAUAUCAAAAUAAUAAUAAUAAUAUAAUGGCACACGCUCCUGCUGCUCGUCGAAAAGAUUCCAAUUGUAAUGGAAAUGUAAACAAAUGUGAUAAAGAUGUUGACUCAGAAAGCCUGCCAGUUCCGCCUGAUGGCGGAUGGGGUUGGAUGGUUGUUUUUGGAUCAUUUAUGAUUCAUAUUAUCACUGAUGGAAUGACCUAUUCCUUUGGUAUGUUCUAUGUUGAAUUCCUGGAUUAUUUCAACGAGGGCAAAGGUUACACAGCAUGGAUUGUUUCAAUAUUAGUUGGAGUUACUUUAGCAUCAGGUCCCAUAUCAUCAUCGUUUGUCAAUCGUUACGGAUGUCGUCCGGUCACAAUAGCCGGUUCGAUAUUGGCUUCAUUUUGCAUCUUCAUCAGUAUGUUCGCUCAGAAUGUACUCACUUUAAUUUUUACAAUUGGCAUUGGUACCGGUUUAGGAUUCGGUCUAAUCUAUCUGCCAGCCAUUGUGAGUGUAACGAUGUAUUUUGAAAAAUAUCGAUCUCUUGCCACCGGAAUUGCUGUGUGUGGUUCUGGAUUUGGUACAUUUGUCUUCUCACCACUUACUGAAGCUCUUAUUGGAAAUUUUGGCUGGCGUGGUGCUAUGUUCAUCAUAUCAGCUAUAGUUUUAAAUUGUAUAAUUUUUGGUGCAAUGUUCCGGCCUUUGGAAGCACCUAAGAAAGCCAUAGCUCAGGAAAGUGCUGAAAUGGCUGAAUUGGCACCGUUGAAGCCAAAACAACAGAAUGAACAGUUCCUACAAACACCACGAAGCGAUACGAAUCUAUCGCGUUCGUAUAGUGUUGGUCAUGAUUUUGGUUAUGAAUUCCAUACAACUAAUCAAAAUGGUAAAUUAUCCAUUCCGACGAUCAGUAGCAAUAAUAACAUCCGUGGUGCAACUAGCCAACCACAUAUCCCAGGUGACGCUCAUCUACAACAUCAGUUAAAGGAGUCACAGGAAAGAUCAGGCAGUGGGUUGAUGUAUCGACAGGAUAUCCUGUAUCAGGGAUCCUUACUAAACAUACCCGAUUACCGCUCAAAAAAUGACCUUAACGUAAAUCGAUAUGGAUCGCUGAAGCACAGUAUACAAGCAGCUUCUAAUCAGGAAGUUGAAAAAAUUUGUGGCUGCGUAUCAUGUUCGAAGGAAACACGCGACACCUUCUCGGAAAUGAUGAAUUUCUCUCUGUUCAAAGAUUUGGUCUUCAUCAUAUUUACAUUUUCGAAUUUUUGCACAAGCAUUGGUUUCAACAUGCCUUAUGUAUAUAUAGCUGCUCAAGCUGAAACACUUGGCCUAGAUAAACAACAAUCAAGUUAUCUAUUAGCAACAAUUGGAAUUGCCAACACAGUUGGAAGAAUUGUUUUGGGCUACAUAUCAGAUAAACCUUGGGUUAAUCGUUUAUUAAUCUACAAUCUUUGCCUUACAAUUUGUGGAAUAGCCACUGCCUUAUGUAUCUUCUGUACUGAUUUUGCCUCGCUAGUUGUUUAUGCUUCAGUUUUUGGUUUUACAAUUGGUGCCUAUGUUGGAUUGACAUCUGUCAUUUUGGUUGAUUUGCUUGGCUUGGAUAAGCUGACAAACGCUUUUGGAUUAUUGUUACUUUUCCAAGGACUUGCUUCAUUGGUGGGACCACCAAUUGGAGGGUUCUUCUAUGAUAUCACAGGAUCAUAUGGACCAGCUUUUGUUUUAGCUGGAGUUAUGAUCUGCAUUAGUGGACUGAUACUCUUUGCCAUUCCGCCACUUCAGAGGUACAAUGCUCGCAAGGCUAAAAAUCAGCAAAAACAACAAAUGGGCAAUGGCACCACUGCUUUGUAGGAAAUGUAUAGUUUUUCAAAAAUUAUAAACAUUUUAUUUAGAAAUUCUUUUUAUUUAAGAAAAAAAUGUUUAAUGGUUGAUUUGUUCAUCAGGUUAUUAUAGUCUGGAAAUUUUUUUUAAGUCUUAGAAAAUUCGUAGUUUGGUGAACAUAUUUCAGCCUUUUUAAGUAUUGUUUUAACAAAGGUCUGUUUAUUAUAUAAUUUUCUUUUGAUCGAGUAAACUUUUUUUUGUUUUGCUAAAUAUUAAGAACAAAUUAGAUUAAUUUUAUAAGAAAUAACAAAAAAGACAAAAUGAACUGAUAAUUGUAAAAUUAUUGAAACCUAAAAAGAAAAAACUUUAGAGAUUUUAUAUUUUAUUUUGUUAUAAUUUACUUCUUAUAUGAGAUUUAGUAUGCACCACCUGACAUAAUUAAUAUUUCAAUUAAAAUUUAAUUUUUAUAUAAACUGAGAUAUUUGCUGAAAAAAAUUAAU